GGAGGACCUAAAGAUUUUCCACCCGCGGCUCCUCCCGUUGUGGGCAUUUACGGAGUUUCCGGCAGCGGAAAAUCCUACAUCUUGGACCAUUUACGUGCGACCUACGGCAAGAACCUGUUUCUCUUCAUCGAUGGCAAGGAGCGGAUUGCUUGUGCAGUGGAGAGACUUGGUUACAACGAUGCGUCUGGGAUGAAUCAAUCCUCCAGGAACUACCAUGUGUCUCCGGAGCUGAGGCCUUUAAAUGAACCUUUAGAUGAGCAGAAAGAGGACCGUUU